AUGGCUAAAGAUCAUUCGUUGGAUAUUCUUAAUAAUACAUCAGCAACAGACAAUGAGUAUCCGCGUUUGUGUUCCGGGUCACGACUCAGUAAUGAGUCGCGCCUCACUUCUGAGCAUGUAUUCGGUUCCCAAGUUGCGGAGUUGACUCCACUACGUAACAGUUAUAAUGGAAUAUCUCCAUCUAAUUCUAGCAGUGCUCCAGGAACAGUUGCAAUGCCCUCUUCAUUAACAAAUACAAGCAGUAGUCCAAGCAAUCAUCCUUCUCCACAGAAUAGGUUUGGAGUUAACAGUAUGAGUGCUUCCCAUUACGAAAGUCCGAUUGGUUCUUAUCCAUACCAGGGAUCAUCUCUUUCAGCACAUUGUAUGGAGUCUUCUGAGGUGAAGCCAAAACGCAAACGAGGUCGACCACCAAAAACAAAGGCUGGUGACAUAGAUGCAUCCACCUAUUCAGUAAGCCGAAAGCGUCACUCGCGAUCGGACUCAAAGGCUCAGGAAAGUUGUCCUGUGCCCCAGCCGAGCACCAGUUCGGCAUUUUUAACAGGUGGAUUAAAGAUUCGUCUCCGCAGGGAUGUUUCUGUCGACGAGCCGAUCUGCGGUAAAAAGUUCCGAUCACGUAAAUCAAACCAGAAAUCUGUUCAGGUUUUCCGAAUAGUCGAGUCCUGGUGUGAUGCUGACGCGCCCGGUGGACUCGCUGCCAAGUCAAAUGCAGUCUCUCCUAUGUCCACUAACCAAACCUCAGGAAGCUUUAGGGUUGGAGAUGUGGUGUGGGCCAAGCUUGCCGGCUACCCGUACUGGCCUUCGAGGAUCAGCGCGUUGUACGCGCGAACGCCUCAUCAGCUGGCUCAAGUAAGCCCUGAAAAUGCGAAUAGUGACUCGCUUGCGGUGUCCGCAACCCCCGCAGACCCUGCCUUGGCUCCUGGUUUUACUGCAAAAGUAGAGUGGUUUGCUUGGAAUCAGUGCUCUUAUCUUAGCUGUGCGAAACUUUUUCCAUUUAUGGAAUACUUCGCUAAGCUUUACAGCCCUCGAACUCGUGUAAAAAACUACGCAGAAGCGGUUAGUAUGGCGAAGCUCGUUGUAGACGGUGGUUCAAAUGAGACGCGACUAAUAUCGGAGCCACAAAGUGAUGUCGAAAAGGAAUCCUCUGCAUCCCUGUCACUGUCAACGAACACCGAGCAUGCGCGCUCCGACUUGUCCUGUCCUCCUGAUCUCCAUUUUGCUUUCGAUCCCCUUAGUGAACCGAAACAGUCUGCUGUCUUAUGUCUUCCUGAUCGUCUGGCUUUUAAUCCCACAAAUCCUCAAUUUCCUAUCACCAAUCAGGUCCCAGUGGAGAAUGGCCAUUUCCCGUUUUUGAAUCUUGGAGCAAAUUCGGGUGACUUCUGUCAGGUUCCGGAGCAAUGUUGGGGUCCCCUACCGCAGUUGGAUGUCAGUGGGCUAAAUGAGUUCAAUUCUGGCGUGCCGACAUUCUCUGAAGACGAAGAUGAGGCGAAUGAGUCUUUGGCCAACCAACUCAAUUCUGAGCUGGGUUCAAUCGGAAUGUGA